GUUGGGAGCCAGGAGAUACAGGUGCAGGAAGUUCAGACCCCUGUCCCCCUGCUACCCCUCUGCUUUGUACAAUGCAAAAUUUCACUCCAGAAGAACAAUUAUUUUGGAGAACUUAACUGGUGAACUAAAUGCAUAAUAAGUAGUUAGUAAUGAAUCUGUUCCUAAAUACAAAAUAGUGAUUGUAUCUAGUAUCUGAGUUACUUGUUGUGAAGAGUUUUUUUUAUGAAUGAUCUGUAGAUGGCACGUAAGCCAAUUCAAUAACACAGUUGCAUAAAGAAGUCCAUUUCUUAAAACCCAUUAACCACAGGAAAAAAUAUAUACAUGUCAAUUGCCAACCUAGCUAUAGGUCUGUCAUACUCCAGACCUUGGGCACAGUUUUUCCCAUUACAGGCCUUAACUGGCUGGCAAAUAACAUGUUUAUUUGUUUUCUUUUGUUUAUUUGCUCUCAUCGAAUUCAACUAGAUUGUAUUCACCCUGUGGUCAAGGUGGCUUCAGUUCAAGCAACUCCACUUCCUAGUACAGAGAAGUAUUACAUGACAACCCAAAUAACAGCUGUGAGAGAUAAUUAGAAGAAGGUUGACACUUAAAAUGGUCUCGAGGGAAUCACCCCAUGAGAGAUAGACCAUGCAGGAAGUGGUUAGAGGGAACACAAACUGGGUAGAAUUGAGAGAGCAGCGAAGGAAAGAAAGGCAAGAUGAGCUAGGAGUUUGUCGGAUCAGAAGGAUUGAAGAGGACCAAAACGCACAAACUCUUGGCUCUGGCUUCGUGGUUAAGGAUUUGCCAAUAAUUGAAGGCCUUCCUUGCCCUUAUUGUCUGAUAUCAAGUGACAAAGUCUUUCCCAGUGACUGUAACAUACAAAGUUAUUACUUGGACUUUAGGAAGCUAAAUACACAGAAGUUGAAAACAGUCAAGUUAGAAGACAUUGCUGGGAAUACCCACAUUACUCAAUUUCCUGGCCUUGUUGUAAUUCCCAUCAACCCUUCCAAGAAAUGCAAAAGAAAUCAAAGCAUUUUUACUUAUCGACCAUUCAAAGUUGCCAGCGAAGGAGUUCAACCAAAUGAGGACUUACUGUGUCAUUUUGUAGACGAUGGGCAGACAAUAUUUUCUGUGAAAGGGCUAACGCUGAGCCGAUCAGGGACCAUUCCUGUGUACCAACUCCAUGAAGUCCACGAACAUCCUUACAGAACAUAUGAAGAAGUUACUGGCAGAGGGGAUCGUAAGCCCUAUGGUGCUGCCAUCUUAAAGCGUAGUAGCAAUGAAUUUAUGGUUGCUGGAGCCCUGACCUUUAGAGAUAAUGAUCGUCGCGACAUAUCUCCUGUGUUUUUCACAGGAUUACCUUUGUCUAUUGUUGCUGCAAGUGCUACCAAUGGAUACAGUGAUCAAAACCAAAGCACUGGAGAACCAGUGGAGAGAGUAAGAGAAAUGUUAGAGGAGAUGGGAUUCACACCAUGGGCUCGUUUGAAUCUUCACAUGAAAGAAGCAUUGAACGCCUUUUUAGAAUGUUUGAGCCAUACAUAUCAUUUAGCAGUAACAUUAUUACAGCAAGGUAGUUUAAGAAUAACUGUUCAAUUCCAAACUUUGAACAACCUCGAACUGUUGUGGAGUGAUUACCAAUCACGUAUCCUUGAUGAAAAAGCUGAGAAAUAUCUGGUGACAGACGACAUUAAGAAUAAACUUAAUGUGAAGGCCGUAGCAUUGAAAACAGAGAUUCUUGAACAGGAUUACUUGGCUUGCAAGCAUUCUCUUGAGGCCAUCUCAGGUGAGUGUUAAUGAUUAUAAGGUUGUCUAUAUGCAACUAUGACACAGAUGUUACAUGUAAUUUUACAUGUAGCUUAAAGGAGUGAGAGAAAAUUCAAGAUUGAAUGGCAAAAUGAUGAUUUUCUGACAAAUUUAUUCUCACAGCUAGCUCACAAAUGUCACUCAACUUUUCUUUCACUUUGUUCCUCAUUCAUAUAAAAGCAUGCGAGACAUCUGAAAAAAGUCUAUUAAGUACUAUUACAACAACGUCUGUCUAAAAGAUAAAAGAGGAAAUCCCUGGUUUCUACAGUUCCACAUAAUUCCAUACUUGACACUUCUCUAUGUGAGGAAGUGUGGAAUGCUGUGACAAAUUAAACUAGGGAUUUUCGAGACCUUUCCCUGUCCUUUCGACUUUUGUCAGUCUUCAAUUAGUUCCAGGGCUUGAAACGAUUUGAAUUCUAGCUUGCCCUUCAUACAAGCAGCUCUCAAAUUGCCCUCUAUUUAGUUGAUAGACAACUUGCCUGGGCCCAUCGGACUAGUGACAACAAAAAGUUACUUGCCCAGCAGGAAAAUCUACUUGUCCCAGAUGAACGGACAGCACUUUUUUAGAGCCCUUAGUUCUACACUUCUCUAUGUAUAGAAGUGUAGAAUACCGUGACAAACUGGGGAUUUUCGUGACCUCUUCCCCAUCCUUUCCACUGUUGUCAUUCUUUACUUAGUUCUACACUUGCCUAUGUGUGAAGUGCUGAAUAUUGUGACAAAUUAGGGAUUUUUAGCUAUCGACUUUCCCCAUCCUUUCCACUGUUGUCAUUCUGAACUUGUUUCUACACU